GUCCAUGGUGUGGCUGCCUGUUCGACACCGUGUGGCAGCUGCUGAAACUGCAAAACAUCAGGCUAAGUGUAACAUCUGCAAAGAGUACCCAAUCGUAGGUUUCAGGUACCGCAGUCUCAAGCACUUCAAUUCUGACAUCUGCCAAAGCUGUUUCUUUUCGGGGCGCACAUCAAAGGGACACAAGUUACAUUGCCCCAUGGUGGAGUACUGCACUCUGAACCUACCCCGGAAGAGAGAGCCCAGAGAAUUGCCAAAGCUGGCCGCAAACAGUCAAUAGAAGUGAAGGAAACUUGGGAGCAAUUGAAAAUCCAUGCGAGCAACUGGCAGGAACAGGUGGAAAAGGUGUUGGAGAAACUUCAAGAACUGCAGAAAGCUCUGGAUGAUCAUGAGGCUCAUGUGAUAACAGCUGAAGGGGUCCGCACUGAUUGGCAACCUGUGGGUGAACUGCUUAUUGACUCAUUGCAGGAUCACAUUGAUAAAACCACAGAAUUACUGAACCAAACAACAGAAUAUGACCAGCAUCACUGACGGUUCCCUCGUUGGAUUUGACAUGUUGCAUUUGAGAAGGAAAUGGCCUGUUUCCAUCAUUCCAGAGUACUUUUGUGAAUCCUUGUAUUUAUUUCUGGGCCAAAUACAGGAAUUAAUUUUAUUUAAU